AUGUCGUCAGAGCGGCGGGAGGGAGUCCGUUCAUUCAACAGCACCAAUGGCGGAACAGCAGUGCUCGUGCAUUAACUGAUGAUUCGUUGUCCAUUGCCCGUUGAUUUCCAUAGCCAAUCACCAUGAAUAAGUGUGAAUUUAACCCAAUAUUACUCAAAAAGUCUUCAGUAAAAUCGCAAAUCACAAAAUGAAGACAAAACGGUAUUUGGAAAAUUAUCAAUAUUGUCAAUUUUGUACAAUUGUCAUUUCAGGAAGGAUGACACGUAAAUCAGCUGAGUAAAAUGGAGCAGUGUCAGUUGACCACAAACUUACUCAAUGCAGCAGCAGCUGCUACUGGCUGCGAUGUUGUUGAUGCUUCUCAACAACAACAGAUCCAGCUUCUCGCAAAUCAAUCUCUUCUAUCCGCCCAACCUCAACAGCUAACUUUUGUUCAAAAUGUUCCUAGUGGUGCCGUCCAGCUUCAACAAGCCAUGCAACCUCAGAUGAUUCAGUUAAACCAGGGUGCUUUAGUAAAUGCCCCUAAUCAACAACUUAUGUUCCAAGCUCUACCUCAAGCAGCCAACACACAAACAAUCCCCAUACAAACUGUACAAGGAGGACAACACCCAGCAAUUGCUUCAGCACAAACAUUGCAGGCGAUUGAUAUGUUUUCCACUGGCCAACAGUUUCCCAACCAAUCAUUACAACCACAGCAGUUUGUGAUUCAACCUGCUCCUAAUCAAUCAUUCAUCCCUACUGGACAACUUCCUGGUGGCCAGCUCAUUCAGACUCAAGAUGGUCAACUCAUCCUUUGCCAGCCCUUUGUUAAUGAUUUAAUAAAACGUUUACAAACCCAACAACAGCAGAGUCCAGGUAUUGUCCAGUUAAAUAAUGGAUUAAACUUGGCCUGUACCAGUCCAGCUCCAACUGUUCAACCCGUGACAUCAUUACAGACAGUUGGUCAACUGGCAACAGCUAUUGCAUCUUCCAUGACGUCAGACUCAGUUGCCAGUAGUGCUAAUAAUAAUAAUAAUCAUUCUCCACCUAUAACAUCACCCAUGCCACCAGACUGCUCAUCUCCAGAUAUUUCUUCAUUAUCUACCGUUCCUAAUGUAAAUAACAUAGUUAUGAUGGUACCUGCUGAAAGUUCAAACUCUACAAACUCUAACAGUGGAUCUAUCUCCAGUGCAACAACUAUUCAAAGAAUACCGAUUCCAGGUUCAGAUCUUAUGGAAGAAGAACCUUUGUAUGUUAAUGCUAAACAAUAUCAUCGAAUACUAAAACGGCGACAGGCUCGAGCAAAACUUGAAGCUGAAGGAAAAUUGCGAAAAGAAAGAAAAAAAUACCUGCACGAAUCGAGGCAUCGACAUGCUAUGAAUCGGAUACGAGGAGAUGGUGGUCGUUUUUAUUCAAUUAAGAAAGACGGGCCUUCUGAGUUUAAAUUUUCACCUAAACAUGAAGAGGAUGAUUCACCGGUUUGUGGUAUGUUGGACAUAGGUGACUCUCAUCUUGCAUCUGUCAACUUCCUUUCUACCAAUGGAUCUACACUCACUGACACCAAAUAUAAUUAAGAUAUAAUACAUAUAUUUUUUAUAUUUUUUUAUGUUUUUCUUCUUCUAGGUAACAUUCUUUUUUAUUAUACAUUGACUGUUUAAGAAUUACAUAUUUUUUAAUAAAGAACAUCUUAACAGUCAAGAAUUAAUGGCAGCUUCAAUAAUUUCUCUGUAAUAAUAUAUAUAUAUAUAUAUAAAAAAAAAACAAUGUUUGUUAGGUAUAUCUUAAUUAACCAGAUCAUGUAGCAUUUUAAAACUUUUCAAAUUCAUAUCAUAUCUUGAAAAAAAAAUGAUAUAAUGUAGACAAUUUACCAGACUGUAAACAAUUAAAUAUGUUUAUAGAGAGAUUCUACAAGCAAAUCGUGUAUAAAAUUAAAUGUGGACUUUCCUUAAAUUCUUUAUAUAUGUCCUAUAUAUACUCUUUUCCUCCUCAUCUUAGCUAUGUUGUUGUCAUUAUCGUCAUCAUCACUAUCAUCAAUAUUUAUACAUUUAUUUAUUGACAUUUAUUUAAUUUCCUUCAGAUAUUCUCAUUCUCCUGUGUGAAAUGCUUUAUUAUAAUUAUCAACUUCUAACCAAGUUAUGUCUUUACAGAAUGAUUAAUGAGUGAAUGUAUGCCUCCUUGCCUUCUAUCAACAGAAUUUUUAAUUAAAAAAAAGGAACUGCUCCCUCUGUGUUUUUCCCCUGCCAUCUAAUUUCAUAGCAUUUUAUAAUAAGUAUAGAAAAACGAUAAAACUUCAUAUUUUUAAACCAAUGAAACUUAAGUUAACCCUUUGCAUGACUAAAGUAAUUUCAUAAAUUUUUACUAAAUAUCCAUGCUUGUUUUCAGAUUUUUAGAUAGCAAUUAUUUCAUAGGUUUCUCAGUAAUAUAAAGCUUUAAGUCCCAAGUUACUCUGGUAGCUGAAAAAAGAUUAGCAAUGUGUAUUAUAUAUAUGAUGCAUGGACACCGGGGAAAUGUCCUGUAUAUCACAAUACACAAGAGAGGCAAAGGGUUAAAAAAUCUUGCAAUAUUAUAGUUUUAUAUAUAUAUCUUCAUAUACCUUUAUAUGUCUAUAUAGCUAUAAACUUUUUUUUUUUUUCUGAAAUGGAUAAGUAGUUUAUACAUCAUUUUUCCUUCCUACCACAACUGUUUCAUUGGAGAAAAAUAUUUAUAGUAUUGCCAUUUAAGAGUUUGUGGAAUAUUCCUGUAAAUUACUUAGUAAUUACAAUCUGAAACAAAAAAGAGCUUUGUUGAACCUUCGGAAAUCAUAUUAUUUAAAUUGGUUUUCCAUAAGCGCCUUUCCAUUUGAGCUACACAGAUACAUUCUCCACACCUUUAUAUUUGUUUAUAUGUAAAAAAAACUAUGUAAUUUAUAUUUAAUCAUAUUGUAUUUGUACUGUAUUACACAUUUAACAAGUUAUCAUAGAUGUCAUCAUAUAUUUUCAAAGAUGCUUACUCUUUGAAAUUCUUUGAUCAUAAGAAAGAAAAAAAUUCUCAAAAGUUUCUUUGCACAGUUAUUUAUUUAACAUUUUCAUCUUCAUGUCAUAAUAUUCCUUUUUCAUUUUGACACAAAAUUUUAAAUCAGUGUAAUUAAAUUACCACGGAAAAAGAAAUAAAUAAAUAACGGGCAUUAUUUAUUUUUCUGUUAACUUUAUUUUAACUGCUAAUAUUUUCAACCUAUUUUUUAUAUCUUCAAAUAAAAAAAAUAUGAUACUAGAUCAUAAUCUUUUAUAAAA